AUGCAAAUUCCCAUGGAGAUCUAUGAUCAAAUUGUGUUCUUCGUGGCGAACCAGAACAGUGGCCGACUCUCACAUCAACAAGCGAAUCGUCAUUAUUCUGUCCCAACAUCUGGUGCAGCCAGGCAAGAGCUCGCCACUCUGUGUCUUGUCAAUCAGAACUUCUGCCGCAGCGCUUCAUUCGCACUAUUCCGACACAUCGUCGCGAGAUUUCACGGUUUUAGAGAAUGUCGUACAUGCCAGCUCCUAGAGGAGCUAUCCUGCAGUGUCUACGCCUCCUGCGUCCGUCAGAUCGAUUUCAAAAUCCAUCCAGCAGAGGACCUCUCUUACAUGCUCAAUGACUUACAAUAUGUUCUCGACCUGGCAGACGCUUUUUUUCACUUGCCUUCCAAGAUUCACAAGGAAAUUUGCGUUCAGAGGGUCCUUAUGGCACUGCACAAUAUACAGCUUCCAGACCUCACCGAGCUGCAUGUCAAUUUCCCGCUCGCCCAUCAGUUCGAACAGUUCUUCUCCACCACCUUCCCGCCGAGUCGAACCAGCGAGAUCCUGCACCGUCUCCACCAUCUUGGGCUGUGCGUGUCCGCGUUCACAAAUACUGAUGAUCUGCGACGGUUCGCAAGCGAUGUUCAGGCGUCCAUCCUCCCCAAACACGAGGCUCUCCCUAACGCCAACCACAACGCGCAUCUCUUCCAGAUGGUCAAUUUGGCGCCCAACCUCAAGUCGCUGGCCCUCCGUAGCGAAGACAUGCUACCCCUCGACGCCCUCGUCUUCCCGCCCUCGCUUCGUCUCCGGUCGCUCUCUCUCCGACGAAUGUGCCUUUCAUCCGAGGUGCCGAUCGCCUGGAUCACAGGAUUCAAGCCCACACUCCGGGAUCUUAUCUUAGAGUGGGUUGGGCUGCAGUCCGCGACGUGGCGUGAGGUUCUGCAGACCAUUGCGAGCGCGGAGAUCAAGACCCGCUCGCCGCACGAUUGGCCUGCGCUUGGGGUCCUGCGGCAGCAGGUCAACCGGAACAGAAUCGUGGAGGGGCUGCGGCCGCUGGUGUCGACGCCCACGGGUCAUAAACCUCACCUUCAUCGCAAGUUGAUGGCUCGUAUGUCGCGGCGAAUUUGA